GGUUCCCCCCGCCCCCCCCCCGGGAUGUCCCACGGGUACUUCCAGCACGGGGGCAUCACGUUCCCGGGGCUCCUGUACAGCCCCCGCGGGCUCGAGGCCGCCCGAGACUUCCCCGUGUACGAUGACGACGUCUUCAACGUCACCUACCAGAAAUCGGGCACUGUGUGGAUGUUGGAGAUCCUGAGCCUCAUCCGCUGCAACGGGGACCCGCGCUGGUGCCGCUCGGUGCCCAACUGGGAGCGGGGCCCGUGGCUGGAGACGCUGCUGGGGCUGCGGCGGGCGCGGGGCUCCCCCCGGCCCCGCCUCAUCAGCUCCCACCUCCCGGUGCAGCUCUUCCCGAGGGCCUUCUUCAGCUCCAAGGCCAAGGUGAUCUACACGGUGCGGAACCCCAAGGACGUCCUGGUCUCCCUCUACCACUUCGCCCGCAUCUUCCGGCCCUACAAAGACCCCGGGAGCCUGGAGCAGUUCCUGGAGCACUUCCUCAAGGGGGACGGUGGGGGCGCUGUGGGGCCGGGGGCGGCUGGGGGGGUCAAUGGGG